UCGCAACGUGAAUGCUCACGUUUAAACCUUCCCGCCCGACUAUACCUACGUAUAAAAUUACCUAUCACCGUUUUAUGCAUUUGACUUGCUAAUAACCCUCACCAGUUCAGACAAGCCUACAUAGGCAGUAACGCGUCGGCUUUCCUCGUGGACGCCGAGUGAACGUUAAGCAGAUAAGGACGAUAAGGUCGCGUUGGAGAAAUGGUAGCGAAUGGGACUGCAGACGAGACGAAAGAUGAGCUAUGGUGGUCUAUAUAUGCUUGGUGGUCGUGCGUGCUCGUGAUAAAGAUGAUGUUGCUAACGUGGUACACCGGACGGAUCCGAGUGAGAGAACAGGUAAUUCACAGCAACGAAGAUGCAAUGUGGAUGACAAAAAAAGCAGAUAUAAUUUUAUGUCCAACUGGUGAUGGCCAUCCUGAUGUGAUUCGCAUACGGAAUGCUCACCGACACGAUAUCGAGACUGUUCUUCCUUUUCUAGUUUUUACACCGCUCUGGUUAAAUGUCGAAACGUGUAAUUUGACAGUGAGAAUUUUAAUACCGGGCUUUGCACUAGCCAGUAUAUUGUAUACAUUGGUAUAUAUGCAGCUUUUACAAUUGUCUGUUCUUUGGAAACUUUCCUUAUUUAUAACAUUGUAUUGCAUUUUGACUUUUAUAUGCACAAUAGCUGCUGUUAAAUACUCUAUUUUUGUCAUAGGUGUUUAA